CCACCACCCACUGCUAAAUAGAGGGAUCCAACCUUCACAACAUCACAAAUACAUCACCCUUUCUGCUUCUUUCUAGCUACAUUCUCUCCUUUCAUUUCACCUCUCGUGUGCUGCCUUUCUUCUACCUGCAACUGCAGUUUUUUCCAUUUUUAUAUAUUUUCUUGGUCAGCGUCAUCCACAAAAAACAAACAAAUGGAUUACGGCUCUUCUGGUGGCGAUUCAGAAUGCAGCAGCGGCUGUGAAUCUGGGUGGACUUUAUACUUCGAGAACUCUUACAUCCCUUCACACCAUUCCUGUGAUGAUGACAAUAGCCAUAGCCAGGGCCAUGAAUUUGUUGCAAGGAAAUCUGGGUUUUGUCAAGAAAAUGAAGAGGAGGAGGAAGAAGAAGAAGAUUUGUCUAUGGUUUCUGAUGCAUCUUCUGGGCCGCCGCAUUUCGUGGAAGAAGACAACUAUGGACAGUACAGUCACAACCAUGGCUGCUCCUAUUAUCACCAUGCUACUCCUCUUCAGCCUUCUCCUGCAUUGCCCAAUAAGACCCAUGUGAAAAGCCUGAGAAGUAAUGAAAAUAUGCGUAGGAAAAACAUCAUAGAAAAACAGGCUGCAGCUCUUGAUGAUACUGCCAGCUCUCCCAUCUUCAACUUCAGUAAUAACAAUUUCGCAAUGGACUGUCAAGCUACUGUUGACAAUGGGGUAUUAGAUUUUUCACAGGGAUACUCAACAAACUACCCCAACAAUGUGUUGUUGCAGGGAGGAUCAGUAUAUCAGGAACAGUGUGGUUUCUACCUGCCAUCUCUAGUUCCAGGAAACCAGUUGAGUAUUUGUUUUGUCAUUUAUUACUGUAGAAUUUUAGAUUUAAGCAUAAUGUGAAUUGGCAUUUAAUGACAUCUUAUCUUUACUGUUUCUCCAGGUGGUAUGAGGGAAAGAAGUGGGGGUGAUGGGAAAGAAAGAAGAGCAAGAAAGUCAAAUUUUUGAUGGAUAUUCAAAUUGUUGAGAGGAGAAAUUUAGAUUGUAAAAGGAAUGUGAAUUGGAUCUGAAAGAAAAAGAAUGGAGAUUUCCUCUUCCUUUCCUUAUUUUCUUUCAUUCAUCUUGUCAAAAUGCAGCAAAAAACAGCUAGAUAGAUAGAUCGGAAACUCAUUUCAUGUUUCUUAGAAUUCCAUUUUUUCAAUGAUUGAAUACUUGGAAGGUUUAUUCGUUUCUGAUGAUUUUGAUUUUUUAUUUUUCCACCUUGUAAUUACUGCCACGUUGCCUUCGAAACAACCAAAGAAUUUGCCUUUUCAUCAAAGCAUCAAAUAAUAAUAAAAAAAAGAGCAAAGCAAAUAGUACGUA